AUGGGGGAAGUAAGGAUAUCUCGAUGGUACUUUGGAGGCCUUGCCUCCGCUGGUGCAGCAUGUGUAACCCAUCCCUUGGAUUUAUUGAAAGUACAAAUGCAGACCCAAAAAGGAAACAACGUCUCUAUAUUGAAACUCACCCAAAUAGUUUUGAAAAAUCAAGGUAUAAUGGGAUUGUAUAAUGGAAUAUCAGCAUCUCUUUUACGUCAGCUUACAUAUUCAACAGCAAGGUUUGGUAUUUAUGAAGUAGCAAAACAAACUUUGGCACCUAAAGAUGGUGUGCCUAUUCCGUUCUAUAUGUCGGCUUUAUUAGCUGGUCUUGGCGGUUUUGCUGGUGGUUUUGUUGGUAAUCCAGCUGACUUAGUCAAUGUCAGGAUGCAAAAUGAUGUGAAGCUUCCCCCAGACCAAAGAAGAAAUUACAAAAACGCAAUUCAUGGUUUGUAUCGAGUUGCGGUAAAAGAGGGAGUCAUGCGUUUAUGGGCUGGUGCAUCAAUGACUUGCAGCCGAGCCGCAUUGAUGACUAUAGGACAACUCUCUUUCUACGAUUUAAUAAAGAGCUUCCUCACUACCACACCAUACUUUGGUGAUAAUGUUUCAACGCAUGUUACUUCAAGUCUAUUAGCUGGUGCAAUAGCAACAACAAUGACACAACCUGUAGAUGUACUUAAGACUAGAGCAAUGAAUGCCAAGCCAGGUGAAAUCAAAGGUAUUCUAAGUUUAAUAAUGGGAACGGCUAGAGAAGGGCCCCUUGCAUUCUUCAAAGGAUACAUUCCAGCAUUUGUGAGAUUAGCACCGCACACUAUACUGACAUUUGUAUUCCUCGAACAACUUAGAAUUAACUUUGGAUUUCUCAAAGUACAAAAAGUAGAAUAG